AUUAUAUAAAGAGCACACUUUCUUGCUAUUUCUCUCAUCCUUCACUACCAAAUAUCACAUUUCAAUUGAUUUUGAAGUGAGUACAAUGGAAUCCAAGAGAGCAAUCCUCAUUCUUAGCCUAUUGGCAAUGGUUCUUCUAAUUUCCUCAGAGGUGUCAGCUAGGGAGUUUACUGAGACUUCCACUAAUACCAAUGAGGAUAUUGAGAAGUCGAAUGAACUGAAUGAUGCCAAAUUUUUUGGUUUUCACCGUCACCGCCAUGGUCACCGUCACCGUCACCGUCAUGGUCAUAGGCACGGUGGUCGUCAUGGUGGUGAUUCCGACAACGGUAACUGAUAAUACCAUGAUACAUGAUGCACAUUCAAAGUAAUAAAUUUCAUGAAUGAAUAGUGUUUGGGGUUGAAUAAAAGAGGUAUAGAUAGUCAUCAAUCUGUUGUGGUUAUGUAUCAUCUUUGUAUGUGUUAUCAUUUGUAAUAUAUCAAAUAUAUAUAUCAUCGUUGUUAAGUA